ACUGUUUGUUGAGCUUGAGCGUGAGCCGGCUGCUGAAGACUUGCGAACAGUUCGGAGCCAGCGAGAGCGCGCCAGAGAGAGCGAGAGUGAGGGAGUGAGUGCGAGGGGAUCUAGAGGAGUCAGGGCGAGAAAGCGAGGGCCGGAGGACCCACGAUUGAGACAGAGUGACCAUGGCUGUCUCCGCAUCUCCAGUGAUCUCUGCAACUUCCAGCGGCGCCGGCGUCCCGGGGGGCUUAUUCCGGGCCGAACCCCUGUACUCGACUCCCAGAGAGCCCCCUCGUCUUACUCCUAAUAUGAUCAAUAGUUUCAUGGUUAAUAGCCACAGCAACAGUGCCGGAGGCGGCGGCAGCGGCAACACCAACACCAACGAGUGCCGCAUGGUCGACAUGCACGGGAUGAAGGUGGCUUCGUUCCUGAUGGACGGCCAGGAACUGAUCUGCCUGCCGCAAGUCUUUGAUCUUUUUCUCAAGCACCUGGUGGGAGGCUUGCACACUGUGUACACCAAGCUGAAGAGACUGGAUAUAUCCCCCGUGGUGUGUACUGUCGAGCAGGUCCGGAUCCUCCGCGGGCUGGGGGCCAUCCAGCCCGGGGUAAACCGCUGCAAACUCAUCACCAGGAAAGACUUCGAAACUUUGUUCACCGAUUGCACCAAUGCCAGAAGGAAGAGGCAAAUGACAAGAAAACAAGCUGUUAACAGUUCAAGACCCGGCAGGCCCCCUAAGCGUUCUUUGGGAGUGUUGCAGGAAAAUGCCCGCCUUCUGCCCCAUGCAGUCCCAGGCCUCUUAUCGCCAGGACUUAUCACUCCGACAGGUAUAACAGCUGCAGCAAUGGCUGAGGCGAUGAAACUGCAGAAGAUGAAGCUUAUGGCUAUGAACACUCUUCAGGGAAGUGGAAGCCAAAAUGGGACUGAAUCAGAGCCUGAUGAUCUUAAUUCUAACACAGGUGGAAGUGAAUCCUCCUGGGAUAAGGAUAAGAUGCAGUCUCCAUUUGCUGCACCUGGACCCCAACAUGGACUUGCUCAUGCAGCUCUAGCUGGCCAGCCAGGCAUUGGGGGUGCUCCAACCCUCAAUCCACUGCAGCAGAACCACCUGCUAACCAAUAGACUGGAUCUGCCAUUUAUGAUGAUGCCUCAUCCCCUACUUCCAGUCAGCUUACCUCCUGCAUCAGUUGCCAUGGCAAUGAAUCAGAUGAACCAUCUCAAUACUAUUGCCAACAUGGCUGCUGCAGCACAGAUUCACAGUCCACUCUCCAGAGCUGGUACCUCUGUUAUAAAGGAGCGGAUCCCAGAGAGUCCUUCUCCUGCUCCUUCUCUAGAAGAGAAUCAUCGUCCUGGGAGCCAGACCUCUUCCCACACCAGCAGCAGUGUGUCCAGCUCUCCCUCUCAGAUGGAUCAUCAUUUGGAAAGAAUGGAAGAGGUACCAGUUCAAAUUCCAAUAAUGAAGUCACCCUUGGACAAGAUACAGCUGACUCCUGGGCAGGCAUUGCCCGCUGGAUUCCCUGGACCAUUCAUUUUUGCUGAUAGUCUGUCCUCCGUGGAGACUCUGUUGACCAACAUUCAGGUCAACAAUAUUUCUAUAAACAAAAUAAAUGGUCUGCUGAAAGUUGCUUUGGAUAAUGCUCGCAUCCAGGAGAAGCAGAUUCAACAAGAAAAGAAGGAGCUGCGACUGGAGCUCUAUAGAGAGAGAGAAAUUAGAGAAAACCUUGAAAGACAACUUGCAGUUGAGCUUCAAAGCAGAACUACCAUGCAAAAGCGCCUGAAGAAGGAGAAAAAAACCAAGAGAAAAUUGCAGGAAGCCUUGGAAUUUGAAUCAAAGCGCCGGGAGCAAGUGGAGCAGGCACUUAAGCAAGCCACCACUAGUGACAGUGGCCUGAGGAUGUUAAAAGAUACUGGAAUUCCAGAUAUUGAAAUAGAAAACAAUGGGACUCCUCAUGAUAGUGCUGCUAUGCAAGGAGGUAACUAUUACUGUUUAGAAAUGGCACAACAGUUGUAUUCAGCCUGAAAGGUCCUCGCUGGCUUUACAUAAAUGAAGAUGCUUGUGAUUCCAGUUUAUCUCUGAAACUAUUCAACAUGGAGUUAUUUCAGUUUUGUUUAUCAGCAAAGCUUUGUUUACUGAAGGAGCUAUUUAAUCUAUGUUACAUUAAAAAAGAAACACAUGUACAUUUUAAAAGCAAUGAUGUAAACUUUGUUCUUGCAUUAGAUUGACCAGUUUAAAAAUAUGAACUAAAUCCUAAUGGCUAAAGUAACUUGACCAUAUUUGAUGCUUUUCUAUGCUCAUUUCAACUUGGCUUUUUGUCUUUUAAAUUUUAAAAAAAUGCAGUAGUGUGUUAGAGACUAGAAACUUAUAUGUAUGGUUUCCCUGUUCUACUAUACAUAACGUUAAAGUACACCUUCUUUGUUAAAAAUGUACUUGCUAAACUUCAGCGUAAAUAAAAACAUUUUGACUUUG